GGGCUUACAGAACCUUUAGCUCAUCUGCGUACAGAACGUCUCAGUUGCGACAGUGGGCACUUGCACGCGGACCACGCGCCAAGAACAUGCCUACCAUGGCCACUGCGCAUCUCGUGAGGGUGGCUGUCGUGAUCUUGUGCUGGGAAACGUUCGCCACCGCUCACGUUACCAAGUACACGGUGGAGUACCACAAGUACCCACUUGAGGUGCAGUUGGACGAAACAAGACAGACGGCCAUGGUCACACCUCCAGACACUGCCGGAUUUUUGAAGUACAAAACAUUACACGAUUACAACACGAAAAUAACAGCGUACAAGGACCUGGAAAAAUCUCUGUGUUACUUGGAACGAAUCAAGGACACUGACGGUCGUAUCAAACAUCAGAUGCGACAGUUUCGGCCACAAAGACAGUCGUACAGGAUGAGAGACAAACCCAGGACAAUGUAUGUCUCGGACAAGAACUUAUCAAAAUAUGAGGUGUGGAGAGUAGCAGGGUCCAGAAUCUCCAGUUUCUGUCGUGAUUUCCCUGCAACCCUCCUGCAAGAAAUGCGACCUCAGUUCCGCAAGGGAAUUGUGAACAAUGAGCUACCUGAUCAAGAGGAACUCCAGGUUUUAGAACCUCAAACUGGAGAUGCUUUUUUGCAACAGGUCAAAGGUCGAAGAAAGCGCCAAACUUACACUACCAGGGGAUACAGUCGCCGGCACAGGGGCCAGACACAGACACAGUACCUUGCCUUCCAGAAUGGUGGGAAUGAAGGCAAAGCAGAGGCGGAGUCUUCCCCAGACCUUUCAAGGACUCAUGUCAGUGGAACAAAUGGAAUGGGUCAAGCUCAGAGUCAGUCUGGGCAGGGGAAUGGGUGUGAAGGUUGCUUCCCAGGAGGUUAUGGUUAUGGAACACAACCAGGACAGUUUGAUUAUGUGCCAGGUGCACCACAGCCAGUUUACCAGCAACCUGUCAGAGUACCAGGAGCACCAAGUGAAGUUCCAAGAGCACCAGGAGUGGGAGUACUAACUGGAGUGCCAGGUAUACAAAUACCAGAUGGUGUUCCAGGAAUAGGAGUGCCAAGUGUGGGAGUACCAAGUAUAGGAGUGCCAGGUGCACAAAUACCAGGUGUAGGAGUUCCAGGAGCCAGAUUACCAACUGCACAAAUACCAGGUUUUGGAGUUCCAGGAGUAGGAGCACCAGGUGUAGGAGUUCCAAGAAUAGGAGUGCCAACUGUGCAAAUACCAGGUGCUGGACUUCCAGGAGCACAAAUACCAGGUUUUGGAAUUCCAGGAGUAGGAGCACCAGGUGUAGGAGUUCCAAGAAUAGGAGUGCCAACUGUGCAAAUACCAGGUGCUGGACUUCCAGGAGCACAAAUACCAGGUUUUGGAAUUCCAGGAGUAGGAGCACCAGGUGUAGGAGUUCCAACUGUGCAAAUACCAGGUGUAGGAGCUCCAGGAGUUCCAGGUCCACAAAUACCAGGUUUUGGAGCUCCAGGAGUAGGAGGACCAGGUGCACAAAUACCAGGUUUUGGAAUUCCAGGAGUAGGAGCACCAGGUGUAGGAGUUCCAACUGUGCAAAUACCAGGUGUAGGAGCUCCAGGUCCACAAAUACCAGGUUUUGGAGCUCCAGGAGUAGGAGGACCAGGUGCACAAAUACCAGGUGUUGGUGCUCCAGGAGUUCCAGGCCCACAAAUACCAGUUUUUGGAGUUCCAGGAGUAGGAGCACCAGGUGCACAAAUACCAGGUGUUGGAGCACCAGGUCCACAAAUACCAGGUUUUGGAAUUCCAGGUGUAGGAGUUCCAGUAGGUACACAAAUACAAGGUGUAGGAGUCCCAGGAAUAGGAGCACCAACUGCACAAAUAUCAGGUGUAGGAGUGCCAGGCAUACACAUACCAGGUGCUGGGUUACCAGGACCUCCAGUUACUGGAAUUUAUCAACAGCCCACUGGGGUAUCAGUACCAGGAGGAGUUACAGGUGUUGCACCACCGGGUAUUAUUACAUAUCAACCAGGACUUUACCAGCAACCUGGUAUAAGAACUCCAACACAAGUUGGUUAUCCUGGUGAAAUAUACCAACAGCUGGGAGGUGGGACAGUAACACAACCAGGGUAUGUACAACCUGGAGGGCUUGGCCAAGUAGGUGGGGUGUACACUGGCCAGGAUGCAUACCAAACUGUUGGUUACACAGCAGCAGGAGAUUCUCAGGCUGAGAGCAAUGUGAAACAAGAAGACAAUGAAACUCGAGCAGCUGCUUCCGCACAAGGGAAGUAUGGGGGAGGUACUGCUCAGACCCAGGUGAGUGGAAUUUAUUCAGGAACAGGAGCCUUCUCUGCUCAAGCACAAACUAGUGACAAAGAUCGUGGUGCACAGAGCCAAGUAAUUGGAGGUAAAGAAGGAGCAUCAAGCACAGCACAGGGACAGGCAGGAAAUGGCAAGACUCAGUCACAGGUUCAACUGGGAUCAUCUAGUGGAGCCACAACAGCUGAAGCACAAAGUGGAGGUGUUUACUAUGGAACCAACACCCAAGUCCAGGCAGGUUCCCAAGGAGGAAUGGCUGAUGCACAAGCCAAAGGCCAAGGUAGCACAUCCAGUCAAGCACAAAUUGGAUUUACACCCUACCAAAAAGAUAGAAAAACAAAUGGACAGAAAUCUCCUUUCCAUGGUGGUGGAUCAGCUUCAGCUCAGAGUGGAGCAUAUUCAGGACAGUCACAAAGUCAGAUUCAAGGGUCAUUUCUGCAUGGCAUCUCUUACACUGGUGGGGCACAGGCUGGCUCAGGGCAGACAAGCUACAGUAGAACAGCAAGCAGUAAUUAUGAAAAUUUUGGAGGCAAACUAGGAUUGGUUCAA